AUUAAAGUUGAGCUAAUCUAUUUGUACAAUUUAAAUUCUAUAAAAAACAUGCAAAUACUUCGCUAGCGAGUAGCGAAAAUUUCUUUGAAAAUGGAAAUCGAGCCUAACACAGUAGAGGCACCUUAAGUUUAAAUAUGUCCCAGUUUUACGCGCGAAAGCUCCGGAAAGAGAAACCACUUCUUCUUUGGUCAUUUAAAACUGCUUGGUUACAAAAGGAUUUAAAUUUCUUUGUUUAUAUUGCAAUUGUGUGUAAGAUUUAGUGUAUUUUUGUGCAAAGUUUAGUCCUCGAAAUAGGAAAUUCUUCCUGAGAGCUAGAGAAUUUGGGCUGAAGAGAGGUAAAACUGAGAACAUCCAAAAAUGUCUGAGCGCAUUCCCAACCGUUUUGGCCAGUACAAACAUUCAACUCCGCCGUGGAAAGAGGUUUACCGCGAGCGCUGUUUACACAGAGUUCGUGAAGGAAGAUCAAGGCUGGUCGACAGAUUCCGCGGAGUGCAGGACUCAGAGGAAGCGGCUAUGGAGCAAGAGUGGGAUCGUUUAGAGCAAAAGCGUUCAAAUGAGGAAUUGGAUGCUAUGCUUCAUGUCAUGGAGGAAAUGCAAAAUGAGAAAAGAUUGGAAGAACAGCAGAUGUUAAGACAAUAUGAGGAGAGGUUACAGUUUGAAGAAGAUAGAUUCUCUGCUUGUAUUGAAUGCUUUCUUGCAGAUGAUGUUAUUUGCCCCAUAUGUAAACGAAAUCCAUUACAGCAAGACAAGCAAGUGAUUUUCUGCUUUUGUGGAAUGAGAGUUGACACAAAGAAUCAUGCAGUUACAUUGGAUUUUGUUAAAAAUCAAUUAAAAGAUGCUAUGGAACAACAUGGCAAAAUGAAUGAAUGCUGUUUUGGAGAAGCAUUGUUUAGUGUUUCAUCUUAUCCUGAAUAUGAUAUAAGCAAUCUCAUUAUGGCUUGCACAGGCUGUGACUUUUUGGCUGUUGUCCUUUGAGGAAUGAGGGAAGGAUUGAGUUCAGCAGGGAUAUCAUCUUGUUGUGUUGUUGUUGCAAUGAAUCCAGAUACAAUACAGUUUUGAUCAUAUUUAGAAUAUAUUAUUUAUAAUUAUUUAUAAAUAGGGUAACAUAGGAUAUUUGUUAUCUCCGAGUUGUUGCAAAUAAUCCAGAUACAAUAGUUCACUGGAAAGUGGAAACGAUACAGUUUUGUUUAUAUUAAGAAUAUGAUAUUUAUAAUUAUUAUAUAUUAUUUAUGAUUAUUAUAAAUAGGACAGCAUAGGAUAACAUAGGAUAA